AUGGGUGCUUACCCCCUUGUGGUGAACCCGGUGAUCCACCAGAUUUGUUUGGCCAGGGUGCUCAUAGAUGGAGGCAGCGCCCUCAACAUCAUCUUCGCCAAGACCUUGGAGGACAUGGGCUUCGACAUGACCAAACUAGUCCCCUUAGACCAUGCCUUCUACGGCAUCAUCCCGGGUGCCGGAUCGACUCCGGUCGGCAAGGUCACCCUCCCAGUCACCUUCGGCACUCGGGACAACUACCGUACAGAGUCCAUCAUCUUUGAGGUGGCGCCGUUCGAGACCUCCUACCACGCCAUACUUCGAAGACCAGCUCUCGCCAAGUUGAUGGCGAUCCCGAACCACACGUAUCUUCUCCUGAAGAUGCCAGCUCCGAACGGAGUCCUCUCCAUCCGUGGCGACAUCCAGACGUCUCACUCCUGCGAGACAGAGAACAUCAACACUGCAGAAGCCAUGGAGAGAAGCAACAAUCAGGCCUUGGUUGCCCAGGCGGCAAAAGCCCAGAAACCCUCCAACGACUCAGUGGUAGGGUCCCAGCUGCACCCUGACAGCCAGACGAAGGCGAUCGUCCUCAGCGACAACCACCCCGACAAGACCGCCUUGAUCGGGGCCGAGCUCGACUCCGCAUAG